CAAAUCCAGGGACGGGGUAACGCUGGUGGAGGGGUGCAAGGGGUGGAUCAAAGGACCUCGGCCACAUCAUGCUUGGCCGAGCGAUCCUCCGCAGGAACAUUUCCAAUUCUAUUUAUAUUCUUCUCUCUUUGGAUCUUCCAUCUGUUUACUUCCUGGACAUGGUUUAAAAAGAUAUACGCACGAAACCAGUUGUGGCCUCUCACCAAGGGUACUUUACACUGCAUUAGCAUCAGAGCGCAUCGCAUACUCCGCCUGUGCGCGCUUGCAUGCGGUCAGACGAACGGCUCCGCGCGAUCAUCUGACGCAGGUUUCCCCAGCCGGUUGCCGAUAACUUGGGUUGUUCGGUUUCUUGCAUCAACCACAGAAGUAUUCCAGGGGUUUUCCUCCAGCAUAAAAAUACAUAUUCCCCAUUCAACAACAGGUAUAUCACCAGUACGACCUAGCAAAAAGUCAGGGCCAUGGCGGACCGGCCCGAGGACACAGCGCCGAUAAAGGACGCCCCGGCUCCGGCCGUGGCGGCGCCUGCAAGUGAGCCCACAACGGCGGCUCCCGAGGCCCCGAAGGUUGCAGAAGUUGUCGAGGACGUUCCGGACCCCGACGAGGACGACCUUGACGAUUUGGACGAUAUGCUGGAUGAGUUCUCGGCAGUAAAGCUCAACCCGCCAAAGACGCCCCACGUUUCGGCGCCUGGCCCCAGCGAACCCAGCGCGGCGCCUCCGCUGCCGACGAGCAAACCUCCGGCCACAGACGGCGCCGACGAGUUUGACGAGGAUGAAUUUGCCAAGCAGCUCCAGGCCGGUAUGGCAGAAAUGCUGGGCGACAUGGGGAGCUCUCCGGAGAUGCAAGCUCAAUUUGAAAGCAUAUUCAAAGAGUUAGGUGCCGCCGCCGCCGCAGACGAGAGCUCCAACCCCUCCGCAGGUGCACCCCCGCCCGCGAGCAGCUCUUCCUUUCAGGACAACAUCCGCAGGACCAUGGAGAGAAUGCAAGCAUCAGGAGACUCCGCCACCGCCGCAGCAACAGCCGAUUCGAACGCCGAGGACGACUUCAUGGCCGAGCUGCUCAAGCAGAUGCAGGGGGGCGGUGCCGGCGCCGGGCUGGGCGGCGAAGGUGGCGAGGAGGAGUUUUCCAAAAUGCUGCUCGGCAUGAUGGAGCAGCUCACUAACAAGGAGAUUCUCUACGAGCCGAUGAAGGAACUCCACGACAAGUUUCCCGAGUGGCUGGAGAGGAACAAGGACAAGACUUCGGCCGAGGACCUGAAGAGGUACGAGGAGCAGCAGCGGUUAGUUUCCGAGAUGGUUGUCAAAUUCGAGGAGCCGACGUACUUGGACUCGAACGCGGCAGAUCGGGAAUAUAUUGUGGAUAGGAUGCAAAAGAUGCAAGCUACGGGCUCCCCGCCUUCUGAUUUGGUGGGUGAUAUGCCCUCUGCACAGGAGGCGCUUGGUGCACCAGACCCAGAAGCCUGUACGCCACAAUAGUGACUAUCAAUGCCAAAAUGCUAUAUGGACAAUUGACAGGUCCGCCAUUGCGUGACUGGUAAAAACGACAAAAUGAGAGCAUGUUCCAACGCCAAAAGCC